AUGGGAUGGUUCAGUGACGACAGCAGCCAGGCUGAUGCCUACAACCAGGUCACGACUGGCAACAAACCCGAGGUCUCGCAUGAGCUCCUCGCGGCUGCUGCCUCUUUUGCCGCGGCAAAGUCCUACGAGGACCACGUCGCAAAGAACGGUCACCCAACGUCGCAUGCUGAGGCAAAGGAGUUGCUCGCUGCCUUAUCCGGUGGUUUCAUCGAUCGCUUGGUAGAGACUAAGGGUUUCGACCUCGUUGACAAGGAGAAGGCUAAGAGACAGGCUAAGGAGCAGGCACAGGAAGCUCUUGCCAACUCUGGCCAGUACUCUCAGGCUUAA